AUGUUUCUUCGACAUAUUUAUUAUUCAUUAUUUAUUUUAAUUCAAAUAUAUACUUUUAUUAUACAUAUUUCAUCUUGUCCUAUUCCAUUUGAUAUUCAAUCAAAAUGUCGUUGUGCUAUAACUGAAACUGGACGUGUUUAUAUUUAUUGUGCACGAAAACAGUUAACUGUUAUACCUCAUUUUAAUAACAGCAAUAUCAUUUUUGAUGAACUUGUUCUAUCCGGUAAUCGAAUAUCAAUUGUACAUAAAAAUGCUUUUAAUGGUUUAAAAUUACGUAAACUUGAAUUUCAAUCAAAUCCAAUAAAUUCAAUUGAAAUUAAUGCUUUUGUUGAUUUAUCAAAUUAUUUAGAAGAAUUUAUAUUCUCAACAACAAUUCUAUCAUCACAAUUAACAACAACUACAUUUCUACAAAUUUUGUCUGAAUUACCAAAUUUAAAACGUUUACUUUUACGUUCAUUUGAUUUAUCAAAUUCAUUUAAUAUUUCAUCGAAUAAAAAUAUUUUAACAUCAAGAAAAUUAACUCAACUAUCAUUACAAUCAUGUUCAAUAAAACAAAUUGAUGAUAUUGAAACAUUUAUUAAUUUAUUUCCAAAUUUAGAACGUUUAGAUUUAUCGGAAAAUCGUUUUGAAUACUUUAAUAUUCCAUUAAUAUUAUCAUUAAAAAAAUUAAAAAGUUUAAAUUUAAGUAAAAAUAAAAUUCGCCAUUUAAAUAUUCAUCCGUCAAUAUCAACGACAACAUUUCAUCCAUCAAAUUCAUUAAUUGAACUUGAUUUAUCUUAUAAUGGUAUUGAAACUAUUGAUGAACAUAUAUUUGAAUUAAUUUCUUCUCAACUUGAAAUAUUAAAUUUACGUAAUAAUGAAUUAGUUACUGAAAAACAUUUAACAUUUCUUAUACAUUUAUAUUAUUUACGUGAAUUUUAUUUUGAUUAUAAUCGUCUUGAAUCAAUUAAUCAAUUAUAUUUACCAUUAAAUUUAAAAAUUUUAUCUUUAAAAAAUAAUCGUUUAAGUUAUAUUAAUCUAUCUAUCUUAACACGUCUUGGACAUUUAGAAAAAUUAUAUUUAUCAUCAAAUAAAUUAACACAAUGGUCAUCAACAAUAAAUAAUAUAUUUCCAUCGCUAGAAAUUCUUGAACUUGAUCGAAAUCAUUUAUCAUUAAUUUCAUCUUUAAAUGCACCAAAAUUAAAACAAUUAAAUUUAGAUGGAAAUUUUCUUGGAAAUCAAAUUGAUAAAAAAAUCUUUUCAAAUCUACCAAUUCUUGAACGACUUCAAUUACGUGAUAAUCAAAUUAAAAUUAUUGAUAUGAAUGCAUUUCGAAAUACACGUUUACAAUCACUUGAUUUAACAAAUAAUAGUUUAACAAUAAUACCACUUUUAAUUAAUCUUAAUGAAACAUUACAAAGUUUAUCUCUUCAACGUAAUCAAAUAUGUACAAUUGAUCAAUCAAUAUUGAAUUAUUAUCAAACUCUACAUACAAUUGAAUUCGAUCAGAAUCCAUUACAUUGUGAUUGUCAUUUAGGUGAAAAUGUUCGGAAUUUAUUUCAUUCAAAAACAAAAAUAACUGGUCAAUGUCAAUCACCACCGGAACGUCGAAAUAAUAAUUUGAUGGAUUUAUCAAAUGAACAGUUGACAUGUAGUUCGAAGACAUUACCAGAAUGUGCCUAUUUAAUUGAAUCUGAACACGAAACAACAACACCACCAACAACAACAACAACAACCACAAUAGCAACAACAACGAUUACUACAUUAAGAACGACUAUUCUUAAUAUAAUUGAAGAACUGAUUGACAACACGCCUGAACAACAAUCGUCUACAACGAUAAGAACAACUGACGAAAUCUUAAUCGAAAGAAUCCGUAUAUCUGAUUUAAUCAUAACACCAACAAAUGAUAAAUCUCAAUUAUUAAUUCAAUGGGAAUUAAAUCCAUUAUUAAAUGAUGAAAAUUCUAAUGAUGAAUUUCGUCGAACAUAUUAUAAAAAUCAUGAAUUAAAUGGUUUUAAGAUUAGUUCAAAUUCACCUGUUUAUAAAAUGAGUGAUUUACUUGAUGUAUUACAAAGAAAUUAUACAGUAGAUUAUACUCAACAAGGUGAAAUAUGUUUAUUUCUAUUACGAAAAAUUGAUUAUGAAAAGUUUUGUAAACAAAUACAUGUAUCAUCAACAAAUUUACCAAUACAAACAUUAAAAUCAUCAUUAAUUAAUGAUUCGAAACAACUUUGGUAUAUGAAUGAACCAACGAAAAGUAUUUUAAUUGGUUCAGUAUUUGGAAUCUUAUUUGUUUUUAUUCUUCUUCUAAUUACUAUUUUAUUAAUUACACGUUGCCCAUAUUUAUUAUUUUGCCAUAAAAAUUCAUCAAAAUAUCAUCAAAAUAAUGAUUCAAAAAGUGAAACACUUCUUGUUCGUCCAACACCUACAAAUACUAUUCCAUGGUCAUCACCACCAGUACCAUUACCAUUAUCACAACAACAGCAACAACAACAACAUUUUUAUCAGCAUCAUCAUCAUUAUCCAAGACCCAUUAGUUAUCAACCAAGUCUUUCUACUCAAUGUACAUGUCCAACACAUUAUCAUAGUAGUGGCUCGUCAUCAACUGAUGCUAGUUCAAAUUUUAAUCAUGCACCAAAUUAUCAUAUUUAUCAAGAAAUUCUAAAUGAUGAUUUCAGUUCACAAACUAUUCCAAUGAAUUAUCGAACUUGUCGACCAUUACAUAUCGAUACAAAUUCUCCACCAACAUCAACAUCAACAAAUAUAACAACAAUGACUAAUAACGAACAGUGUCAACUUUGUUCACUUAGUGUUCUUGUAUAA